AUCAAUACAAGACUGAAUGAUGCUAACAUUUAGAUCUAUCUUGGAUUGAAAAGCAAAGAGCAAAGCAAGGAGCAACUUGCAGUAAACAAAGGACUGAGGCGUCUCUGAGGCACAGACAGAAGAAAACAAACUGAAGACCACAUCCUUCAUCUACUGACACGAUGUCUCGCCCUGCACACAGAAGACCAGACUACCAUAAAAUAAACAAAGAUCUUUUUGUACUCACCUAUGGGGCUCUGGUUGCCCAGCUAUGUAAGGAUUAUGAAAAGGAUGAAGAUGUAAACAAGUACUUAGAUAAAAUGGGCUAUAGUAUUGGAACCCGGCUUGUGGAAGACUUUUUGGCUCGAUCCUGUGUGAGAAGAUGCCAUAGUUAUUCAGAAAUUAUAGACAUAAUUGCUCAGGUUGCUUUCAAGAUGUACUUGGGAAUUACACCAAGUGUGACCUGUAACAAUUUAAGCAGAAAUGAAUUUUCCCUGAUUCUCGAUAAGAAUCCUUUGGCUGAGUUUGUGGAGGAGCUCCCUGCUGGGCGAUCUUCUCUGUGCUACUGCAAUUUACUCUGUGGGAUUAUCAGAGGUGCCCUGGAAAUGGUUCAUUUGGAUGCUGAUGUUACAUUCUUGCAAGACAGACUAAAAGGCGACAGUGUGACAGAAAUAGGAAUAACAUUUCUGAAAAAGCUGGAUGAGAAAAAAUAUAGACGGAAAAAAUGAAGAAUAGCAUACAAAGUGCCACAAGGUGGCUAACUGACAAGUGGAUGGAUAUUAGCUAAAGAUGCAUAACCGUAGAGUUUUGCCUUGCUUAUGGCAUGAGCUUUGAAAGGCUUAUAAAUCAACCAGAAAUUUGAAAUGCAGGUUAUGAGGAAUUUUUCAUGCUUGCAAAUCAUCCAGUUUUAAUCUCAUGCAAGCAGUAUUUCACACACAAAUAUCUCUUUCUAAGAUAGCAAUCAUGAGGGCUGAAGA